AUAAAUAUGGCAGAUUAACUUGUUUUAGGAUAUUGGGGAAUCAGAGGAUUGGCUCAACCAUGUAUAAAUAAAUAUCAUACUUUUAGUGAGAUACAUGAUAGAGUAUUUGGGUUUACCAUAUGAAGAUAAAAGAUAUCUUAAACCUGAAGAAUGGUUUGGAGUACUUAAUUAAGCUCCAUUCAAUACACAUGUCCUUGUGAAUUUACCAUAUAUCAAGGAUGGUGAUAAGUACAUCUAUGAGAGUGCUGCUUUAUAUGUCUAUUUGGCACAUAAAGCAAAUAGAGCUGACCUCUUAGGAUCAACACCAGAUGAAUAAGUUGCUGUAACUUAAGUCAGAGGUGUCAUUUAAGAUGCCUUAAAAGGAUUCUUCCAUAUUAUUACACUACCUGAAGAUUAAUAUGCAGCCAAGAAAGAAGAACUUUAUGCAAAUGAAGUCGCUUGGUUGAUUGAAAGAUUAGAUAAAUUCAUUGAAGGAAAAGCAUGGGCAGCUGGAGCCAAUCUUACAUACAUUGAUUUUGCUCUCUUUGAAUUAGAAGAAACAUUGAAAUCUUUCCAUCCAGAAUCUUGGGCAAAAUUUACUAAUCUUUAAAAACAUCACCAAGAAUUCUCAAACAUUCCUUAAAUCAAAGAUUAUCUUGCUUCUGGUAGAUUCCUUGCAGGACCCUUCUAUCCACCUGGUAGAUUUAGAUGGGGAUUCUGAUCAUUAUAUUAAAAAAAAUAUAUUAUUAAAUAUUUUA